AUGUCAGGCCCAUACCAACACAACACUUACUCCCAAGACUAUCAUAACCAACUUGAACAUCAAAACUACAACCAGUCCAGCUACUACCCUGCCGAGGGCUACGCUCAAUCUUACCACCACCAGCAACAACAACAACAACAACAACAACAACAACAACAAUACUACCAACCCGACACUCGGGCUCAGCCAGACCAAUAUUCUCACAGUCCGCAGUACUCUUAUCAAAACGGCAACACUGCCUCCUCCCCCUACUACUACGGCACCGGCACUGCUCAACAGCAUGGACCUGGAGCUGCACCUGGGUCUGAAACCGAUCGUGGUCUGUUAGGCGCAGUGGGCGGCGGCGCUGCUGGAGCCUGGGGCGGUCACAAAGCCGGCCAUGGCGUGCUGGGAGCUUUGGGCGGUGCCAUCCUGGGCUCCCUGACGGAAGACUAUGCGAAGAAACACGGCAAACGCAACAAGCCGUCGAAGCCGUCCAAACGCCAUAACGGCAAACCUUACUAUGGCAGAUCGACAAGCCCUGGCUUGUACAGUAACUCGACAACGUCCACGGCACAGGGUGGGCUGGGGGGCAUGGCGAGCAGUUUCUUCAAUCAGAAGAGAUAG